AUGGCGAUGCCUCGUGCGAAGACGGAGCUUCGGACUCUGGGGAACACAGGGCUUAAGGUUAGUGCCGUUGGUUUUGGUGCCUCUCCGCUCGGAAGCGUCUUUGGUCCAGUCGGCGAAGAUGACGCCGUCGCCACCGUCCGCGAGGCUUUCCGACUUGGCAUCAACUUCUUCGACACUUCCCCGUAUUAUGGAGGAACACUUUCAGAGAAGAUGCUUGGUAAGGGACUUAAGGCUCUACAAGUCCCUAGAAGUGGCUACAUUGUAGCGACUAAGUGCGGGCGAUAUAAAGAAGGUUUUGAUUUCAGUGCUGAGAGAGUAACGAAGAGUAUUGACGAAAGCUUGGAGAGGCUUCAGCUAGAUUAUGUUGAUAUACUUCAUUGUCAUGACAUUGAGUUUGGCUCUCUUGAUCAGAUUGUGAGUGAAACAAUUCCUGCCCUUCGGAAACUGAAACAGGAAGGGAAGAUUCGGUUUAUUGGUAUUACUGGUCUGCCUUUACAUAUUUUCACUUAUGUUCUUGAUCGAGUCGCUCCUGGGACGAUCGACGUGAUAUUAUCAUACUGUCAUUACGGUGUUAAUGAUUCAACGUUGCUGGAGUUACUUCCUUACUUGAAGAGCAAAGGUGUGGGUGUGAUAAGUGCUUCUCCAUUGUCAAUGGGUCUUCUUACGGAACAAGGUCCUCCUGAAUGGCACCCUGCUUCCCCUGAGCUCAAGUCUGCGUGCAAAGCUGCAGUUGCUCAUUGUAAAUCAAAGGGUAAGAAGAUCACAAAUUUAGCACUGCAAUACAGUUUAGCAAACAAAGAGAUUUCAUCGGUGUUGGUUGGGAUGAGCUCUAUUUCACAGGUAGAAGAAAAUGUCGAAGCAUUUACAGAGCUUGAACGUUUGGGGAUUGAUCAAGAAACUCUGUCUGAAGUUGAAGCUAUUCUAAAGCCUGUAAAGAAUUUGACAUGGCCAAGUGGUAUCAAUCAGAACUAA